UGGAGUUUUUGUCAAACGAUCACUGGGUUACACUGGCAGGAUCACGUCGACUCUUAAAUUUAGCAACACUGGGGGUGAUGACUAGUUUUCAAAAACAAAGUAGCAUAUGGGAUAAACUGUUGCGCUGCUGCUCCAUAUCUGAGAUACAAUACUUAAUAAGGAGUCGUUUCCGCCAGCUCCUGUCAUCAGAAUCAGGUGUUAGAAUGCGUAAUGCCUGAUCUCAGAUUCCUGGCAUUGCUCUGUGAGCCAGGCUGAAGUAUAAAAGAGCAGAGGAUGUGGACUUCAGCAUCAAUACAGCCACUAUAAGAUCAACUCAUCACCGAUAUGAACAGCAGCAGCUCUCGAAAAACAAUGCACCCAUCCUCCGUUCURCUCUGUGGCCUUCUCCUCAUCCUGAACCUACAGCUGUGUGGUACACAUCCCAUCAACACUGGUUUCACUGGAACAGAUAUGGACAUCUUAACGGUUCUCCUUCACAAACUGGAGGAGUCUGUUUCAGAGCAGACCCAGAUGAACCAGAGGGUCCCUGCAGAGAUAGAGAGUCUCGUCAGCAUGGAGGAUGAGGUAGAUGAAGAUCAGCCACAGACUGGAUUGGAUGAAACACAAAUCAGGGAAUUUCUGUCGGCCAAAAACCUUAAAAACCUUCGGAAUGACUCAUCCAAGAAAACAUCUGGCUGCUUCGGGCGGCGGAUGGACAGGAUAGGCUCAAUGAGCUCUUUGGGAUGCAACACCAUCGGCAGAUACAAUCCAAAAUGAAAGAAAAAGAUGGAGUCUUACCAGCUAUAUUUGGGAACUACAACGUCUGUACAAAAUUAAAUUUUUUAUUUUAUUACUAUUU